AUGUCUCAGUUCACCAGGGAUAGUGACGCCAAGCUGCGAGCAGCAUGUGAUCGAUCUCACGAGCUCAAUAUUCGAUGUACCCGAACUGGAGGUACAGAAAGCCGGUGCGACUGGUGCGACAAGAAUGACAUCGACCUCGGAUACAUGUAUUCUGGACCCUUCAGAGGACUCAGCCGACUUUCUCGUAAACUGGGCUCGUCCGAAGGCUCGAUUCGACGUCCCGCGUUUGGUGAGGAUGACAGCAAGACAACGCUAAUCUUCCACCCAGGCAUGCUCGACAACGCCUUGCAGGGCCUGUUUGCUGCACACAGCGCUCCAGGUGAUGGGAGACUGUGGUCCAUGCGAGCCCCUACUGCGUGCCGCAGGGUCUCGCUGGUACCAUCGCUCUGCGGUCGCAACAUGACAGAGGAAGUCGACUUUGACUGCACCCUUACAGACUCACGCAAUGAUUUCAUCACAGGCGAUGUCGAGGUGUAUACUUCGGCAUACGCUCAGCGAAUCAUUGAAAUAGAGGGGCUGAGCUUCUCACCCUUUGCUGCAGCCACCGAGAAGGACGACAGGCAACUUUUCCAAGAGCAGAUUUGGUGUGUCAACGAGGCGGAUGGGCCUCUAGUGCUGGGUGACAAGUUCCCAACGGCUGAGGAAAGAAGUAAAGCCAUGGACGCUGAGCGGGCUGCCUUCUUCUACCUUAAGAAGCUCCAUCUAUCUGUCCCAUCCGACCAGCGUAGUCAAUUGCCCUGGUACCUUCAGUCCUUGCUAGACAAUGCCGAGCGACUUUACGAACUGGUCUGUAACGGAAAGUACUCUUAUGCACCUCAAUCCUGGAGUCAGGACACCGAGGAGGAAGCUUACACCAUGAUGAACGGUUAUGGACUUGAAGACGCCGAAUUCAACCUGACCAAAGCUGUGGGCGAAAACCUGCCCCUAGUCGAUGUACUCAAGGGGGAGACCAACAUUCUCCAAUACAUGACGCAGAACAACUAUCUCGACCGAUACUAUACGCAUGCUAUCGGCUUUGGCUGGCUCGACCUUUUGAUCUCUGGGGUUGUCGGUCAGAUUGCCGACAAGCACCCACAGAUGCGAUUUUUGGAGAUUGGUGCUGGCACAGGUGGCGCCACGGGUGCCGUUCUAGAGCGAAUUGGACAGGCAUAUUCAUCCUACACGUACACUGACAUCUCGAGCGGUUUCUUUGAGCGUGCAGGAGCCAAGUUUCAGGACCAUGCUGGCAAGAUGCUGUUCAAGAUGCUGGAUAUAGAGAAGGACCCCGUCACCCAAGGUUUUACUGAGCACAGUUAUGAUAUCAUAUUGGUCGCAAAUGUUCUUCAUGCUACAAAGAACUUGAGCGAGACUUUGCAGAACACGCGACGUCUCUUGAAGCCUGGAGGCUUCUUGGUGCUCAUGGAAAUCUUGGGUAACGAUGUGAUGCGAAUCGGCUUGGUCAUGGGUGGUUUGCCCGGAUGGUGGGUUGGCAAAGAUGACGGUCGACGAUGGGGCCCAACUACCACGAUCGACGAGUGGGAUUCCCUCCUUAAGGGAACAGGCUUUGCCGGAGUCGACACCCAUACUCCAAUGCCGGACACAGUGCAGAUGCCCGGAUCCGUUUUUGUGGCACAAGCCAUAGACGAUCGCAUCGCCAAGUUGCGAGAUCCUCUCCGACAUGAUGCGCUGCCAUCCACAGAGUCAGGUGAUGUUGAAGUUAUUCAGAAUGGGCACACGACUCCUCAUGACAAGUCAAAAGAAAAGACCCAUCUAGUAGUUGUGGGAGGAAAGUCAACUUCGGGGGGCAAGCUGACGAGUGCUAUCAUUUGUCUACUUGGUCCAUUUUUCGCACAGAUCCACGUUCCCGACAUUGACAGCAAGGAAGUCCUCACGAAAGUUCCCCAUGAUGUCAACCUGCACAUUGUGUCUCUAGUAGAGCGCGAUCUUGACGGCAGAUUCUUCCACAACAUCAGCAAAUCGACGUGGCAGAACUUCCAGCACCUGUUGGGCGCUUCACCUGCCAGUCUGCUCUGGGUAGUGACCAACACCCGUAAUGGAAAUCCACUAGGUGCAAUUGGAACUGGUCUCUUCCGGUCUCUCUUUUACGAGCUUCCCGAGGCCAAGUUCCAGGUCCUGGAUCUUGAUGAAAAAGCCACUCAAGCUAUUGAUAGCAGUGCGGCUUUGAUCGCAAAUCUUAUGCAGCAAUCAAGACUGGCAACAGAAGCCUCAUCAACAACAGUCUCAUCUGCUUUGACGCCCACGACAUCGGAAGAUGGCGGCCAUUCUAUGAGCGACGACACUGCCUCAGUCAAGAUGUUAUGGACUACUGAGCCGGAGCUUUAUCUAGAUGACGGCUAG